CCACAAUGGAUCAUCAUUCGAAAAGAUUUGUUUCAAUCGCAAAUACUCCAAACUCAAAAUGUUGUUCCGAUUCUUACUUGUAGUCGCUGUUACUUUGCUCGUAAACAUUUCCGAAAAUUCGGAAGUGAAUGCAAGCGCAAUUGCGAUAAGUGAAGCAGAGGCUCUAGCAGACCCAAUUGCUGAGCCGAUCGCCGAAGCAGAUCCAGAACCAAUCGCUGAACCAGAGCCACUUUUUGGUCUCAAAAAUAAAAAAGCAACCACAGCCUCAUCUUCAAAAAUCACGAAGAGGAUCACAUAUAUUAUUAGACAGAAAAGUAACAAAAAAAGACCAAGCGGUAGUUGCAAAUGUAAACGAUGCUGUAAAUCAAGCACCGCAAGCACCGCAAGCACAGCAGGCACAGCUAGUACAGCUAGCACAGCUAGUACCGCUAGCACCGCUAGCACCGCAAGCACUGCUUCCACAGCUUCAACAUAGACACGCAAAGCUCCUUCGAGUUUUCGACUAUUUUGGAGAGACUACGACUUUUAAUUGGACAUUCUCUUAUUUAUUCCAUUUUUGCUUUACAUUUGUUAACUCAUCACCAAAAUUGAAAUAAAAACAGCACAAUUGAAAAA